AUGGCGCGGGCGGCUCCAGCUCGAGGUGCUGCACUGGUGCUGCUCACGGUGGGCUGUGCGUUCGCCGUGGCCGCGGCACCGGCCGUCACAUGGCAGAGGGCGCAUGCGACGUUCUACGGCGGCGCUGAUGCCUCCGGCACGAUGGGAGGCGCGUGCGGGUACGGCAACCUCUACUCGACGGGGUACGGGACCCACGCGGCGGCGCUGAGCACGCUGAUGUUCAACGACGGCGCGGCAUGCGGGCAGUGCUACAAGGUCGCGUGUGACCGUGAACUGGCAGACACGCGGUGGUGUAAGCCUGGUGUGACGGUGACCAUAACGGCCACAAACCUCUGUCCACCCAACCACGCCCUUCCAAGCGACAACGGCGGCUGGUGCAACGCACCACGACUGCACUUCGACAUGGCACAACCGGCUUGGGAGAAGAUCGGCGUUUACAAGGGUGGCAUCAUCCCUGUCAUGUACCAACGGGUUCCAUGCGAGAAACGGGGCGGAGUGCGGUUCAAGAUCGACGGACACGACUACUUCAAUCUUGUGCUCGUGUUCAAUGUUGCAACCUCCGGCUCAAUCAAGUCGAUGGACGUCAAGAUCUCAGAUUCAAACGAUUGGGCACCAAUGGCCCGCAACUGGGGCGCAAACUGGCAGUCACUAGCAAACCUCACGGGGAAGAUGCUUUCAUUCAGAUUGACCGACACUGAGGGGCAGACCCUUGUGUUCCAUAAUAUCGUGUCGAGUGGAUGGAAGUUUGGUCAAACAUUUACGAGCAGUUUGCAGUUCAACUGA